AUGGAUCGUAAAGGACAAAAUUCGACUCUUGAAACAAGAAAACUUGUGAUUAUUCAACACGGAAAAGGUGAAACUUACAAGAAAAUUGCGGAGUUAUUAAAUAUGAAGCCAAACACUGUCGGGGAUAUAGUCCGGAGAUACAAAAAUGAAGGAAGAAUCGAGCCAAAGAAGCAGUUGGGCCAACCAAAAAAACUUACGGCGAAAGAAGAACGGCUUAUAGUACGAAAGAUCAAAGCUAAUCCUCGUUUACGUGCCCCAAAAAUAGUUGAAGAAGUCAGAAUUGAAUGCAAAAAGCAAAUAUCUGCAUCAACCAUUCGUCGUACCAUCAAAGCAUAUGGCUAA